AUGUUACCUGUUUCAUCGGUGACGUUGCGUCGGGUUACGACGAGACAUUUUCCUCCGACGAUUCUGUCUAUCGUUCGAGGUGUAUCAGACUUUCACGCUAAGGACAUCAAUGGUACAUCUCUCAAGCCAUCUUCAAAACCUUUCCAGAAUACGAGACCUCUGACUGUUCCAAAGUUACUCAACGAGAGGGAGACUUUGAAGGCUCAGAAGAAAGAGAAUACGAAAGAGGGAGAUAAUGUUACUCGGGCAGUGUUGGAUUCAUCGGACCUAAGUUCAUCGACACUUGGAUCACCGGUCAAGAAUGUUUCCAGUGUCCUAGCAGGGGACACUAAGAUCAAGAAGAAGAAGAAAAGGGGUAACACUGUGACUACCACCCCGGGUGUCCCACAGACAACACCGACGCCAACGAUAUACUCUGUAAACGAUUCGAUCCUGUCAGAGCUGAAUGGUGAAAGCGACCGACCGAAUGCUACAGAUGCCAUGAAGAUCUCCAACGUGCCGAAGCCAAUUAUUGAGCUCCAGCCUUCCAUCCCAGCAGUGUCCCCGACCAACGUUCCUUCUUCCAAAACCCCACCAUCGUCUAAGAAGCCUUCCCCAUCGGUGAAUACUGCCGCCAAGUCAAUCACAAAGACCAGUCCCGAAAAGACGAAACCCACAGUCCAUAGAUCCUCUCAACCAGCUAAAAAUGCACCUUCACUUGCUUCCAAGUCCCACCCCGCUCCUCAUCUCGUCAGCCAAGUCAUCCCCGUCCCCCGUAAGCCGACGACCGUUGCUUCACAGAAAGCAAAGAAAUCCGGAGACGGCGUUGGUGAUUUGGUGCCAUCUCCAUGGUCAUCCAUCAUCACUCAUCUUAUAUCUCAUACCCCCAGCACUACCUUCCCAACGACAACGAAAACUCCGACCAAAUUACUUCUUCGCCAUAACCAGACUCAUCAAUCUAAUAAAUCUCAAGACGAGGGUGCUUCAACAACACCACAAUCUCGUCCCUCCAUACUUCCUACAUCCGACCAUUCCGGUUGUAUUCCAAGUCACUGGGGCUGGGAAUCACCCACCACAUCACGCAGUUCAUCGCCUAUCUUACCGGAUUUACAAGACCAGAAGUUAUUAUCAAUAGUGUUGAAUCCCCAAGAAGGAAUAGAAUUGAUGAGAUUAGCGUUAAUUGGGGAUGUAUUGGUCAAUUUAUUCGCUACUCUAUCCGUGGAUAGAUAUACGAGUACAACUAGUGUAGUAGCUACGUUUCGAACUCAAUUAAUUACCAAUCGUACACUUUCACAUCUUCUCGUAUCCACACCUCUUUUCUCAAAUAUCCCAUUACUUCCCACUUCCCAUAACUCUACCAUCACCUUACCCACUUCUUCCUGUUCAUCCGCUCCCAUAUCAUCGACAAAAUCUUCCUCCUCCACUUCUAAAAUGAAGGAAUCAUCGUCUACUUUGGUCAGUGUGAAGGACAAACCUUUGCCCUCUAUACUGAGUCAAAAACACGCUGGAUCCAUAUUCGAAGCAUACGUCGGUGCUGCUUUUCUGGACUCCAUACAUCGUAAUACCCAGUCGGAAUUUUAUGGUGAUAUGUUGAAUAUGUUCGAUCUUUCUUAUUGGCCGACAUUGGCGGAUCAAGUGAAAUCAGCAGAAAAAAGUGCGGCAACUGCGCGAACUCAGGCCAAAGGAAAAGAAUUGGGGAAAAAGACAUUGAAAGAAGUUAUCAGUGUGAUGAAAGAGGAGGCUAAGCGGGAAACACUUUCCACACCGGUCUCGGUGGAGAAAUCGAAACAGGCACCAAUACAGAAAGUGCAAGAGUCACAGAAUAAUUCACCAGGAGUAGUACAGGUAGAUACAGCGUCAAGAUUUAGGGAGUGGUGGGGAUAUAUUACAGAUGAUAUGUGGAGACUUGCAAAAUCUGAUAUAUCGAUACCUCCGGCCGAACGAAGUGCCGGUAAAGAUUCUUCACAAGAUACGAAAUCGACAUUAUCACAAUUUGGUGGAGAAGCAAAUAUUCCUGAGUGUGAAGUAAAUCCGGCCAAGUCACUUGAAGAGAAAGGUUCCUUGUUAGUAUCGGAGAGGCAGUCGGAAUAUGGACAAGCCGAUCUGAAGUCGUGUGAAGAUCACUCGCACGUUCCUUCGAUUGGAUCUGCCGGAUCUAAGAAGGAGGUUGCGCAAGAUACUAAGUCGACGAACGGUCCUGUAUUCUCCACUGAACCUCAAUCUUCUAAUCCACAUGAUCUAUCAUCACCUUCAAGAUCAUCUCCCACAGAUCGUCUACUCCAUCUUCCUACUGUUACUCCCACUAUGAAACCCCCCAUCCAUCUCCCAUCUCUCCUCUCCCGAUCUGGAACUCAAAAUUCUCUUCCCCAAUCCACAACUCUCUCAUCACCUUCUGAAAUGAUCGCCCCGUCAUUGUCUCAACCUACCGCAACAUCUAAAGAGCGAUCAUCCAAACCUCGCUCCGUCUCUCAGAUCAAGACACCAUCUACCAAUUCACCAUCUGACACAUCACCCAAAACGACCUCACCAACAACACCUCCCUCUCCAUCUGUCACCAUCCCGGGAAGAUCACAGCCCACAAUCUCUUCCUCUCUUUCUCCUUUGCCACUCAAUGAGACAUCCUCUAUGACGAACACACAUUUCAAGUCUCCUAAGUCAUCUCUUACUUCUCAAAGUUCCACUUGCGCGCUCAGUGUGUCGUCAAUAAACAAGCAAAUCAACUCUUUGAUCAAAGAUAAAGAAACUUCUCAUAAACGUCACACAGAGAUGAUAUCAAGACGUAUGCAAAACCUCCAAUCCGUUCAAUCUACAUGUUCUAAAGCGACCAAACAUCGGCUGAAACAAGCGGUUGAUCAGGCUCAGAAAAAGUUGAAAGUGAAAAUGAAGGAUAUGGAUAAGUUGAUUGAUGCUAAAAGACGAGAAUUGAGGGAGAUGGAGAAGAGAGAGAUGGAUGUGGAUGUUGGUCUUUUAUCAAAUUCAAGGGAGUUGAGAAAAGGUAGCAUCACGUUGUAA